CACCUUUGGUGAGUAUUUAUUAGCUCCCCACUUGCAGAAGGGAUAGCACACCGGCUGUGAUAGAACAGACAGAAUAGUCACCACAUACAACACGGAGCAUCCAGUCACUCUCAUACUCUCUCUUUCGUUGGGCAAAGUCCUCUAGAAUCUCGCACCGAGAACAAACGCACGCUGAGCUCUCUACAGAAAGUACCAGGAGCUGAUACUUGCAGGGAGACCAAAACUAGGGGUCCCAAUUCAAGAGGAGUCAUGAAGAUCCAGUUACUUCUUGUUAUAAUGGCGCUGUCUGUGUCCUUUGGGAUGGCCAAGACAAAUGAGUGUGUAACCAGAGGAGGUAUCUGCAGAGCGAGCGGCGGUAAGAAUGGCUGCCUGAGACUACAAGGGAAGUGUGAUAAUGACCAAGUCUGCUGCCAGAAAGACAGUAGUUUGAAGAAGAGAAAAUGUCGACAGAAAAGAAGCUGCACCAAGCAAGGUGGCGACUGUAUAGCAACGGAGGAAUCUUGUUUGAAGAUCACCAGCGAUGAUCUCUGCAAGGGUGCAAGUUGCAAAUGCUGUUUAGGAAAUAACCCUUCUUGCACCGUCACGCCUGGAUGUCAACUCCGGGGAGGAUUCUGCUUCAAGAAUUCUGGAAAGGAUUUGUGCGCAGAUGGAACCAUAAUCAGCGGCGAAUGUGAGGGGGCAAAGUGCGCCUGUUGUAUUCCCAAGACAGGUUCUUGCGAGUGUGGUGUGGCUAAUGACGUCCGGAUCAUAGGGGGUCAAGAGAUAUCUCCUCCGAACAGAUAUCCUUGGCUAGUUGGUAUGCUUAGACCUACCGUAUACAAUAACGAAUUUUUCUGCGGCGGAUCUAUCAUUAACCAGAACUACGUUCUAACUGCUGCACACUGUUUACUUGGUGAUGACGAUCUGCCUUUACCAGCAAAGGAAUUUCAAGUAGGAAUUGCUAACCACAAUUUCAAUUCUGAGGAUGACGACAUCGAGGGCGUCACGCGGGCAGUGGAUGUGAAAAGUUACAUCAUCCAUGAGGAUUAUGUCCCUCAAGAUCUUAAUGAUAAUAACAAUGACAUCGCUCUCCUGCUUUUGAAAGAGUCGCUGAACCUCACAUCUCAAGUUCGACCAGUAUGUCUGCCUUCUGACCCGAACAGAAAGUAUGAGGGAGAGACUGGUACCGUGAUAGGCUGGGGAGACACAAAGAACGGGAAAGGGGCAUAUCCAGAUGCUGCCAGGGAGGUCGAUGUACCCAUUAGAGACUGUAAACGCAAGAAAAUUGCUGGUUCUCUAAUCACCCCACAAAUGAUGUGUGCAGGCAAAAAGAAGUCAAAGAACAAUGGCGCAAAGGGUGCCUGUUUUGGCGACUCUGGCGGUCCUCUUUUCGUCAGAGAAGAUGGGAAAUACACACAGGUGGGAAUUGUCUCCUUUGGGGGAAGUUGCCUUAAGCCCGGUGUGUUCGUUCGAGUCACCGAGUUCCUCACGUGGAUCAGCGAUAACACUCCUGACGAGACCUACUGCCAGUAGUAUGACAGGGUAUGUGAAAGCAGAUACACACAUAACGAUACACGUUUAGUUUUAUUUUAGCCUUUGAAGAAUUACAUACAAUUUCACACAUGAUCAUGCAAUAACGACAGUGUUUGUAAUCACAUCUUGCUUUUAUGUUUUCUAAGGACUUGUUCCUUUGUAUGAAACGCACGUUUUGUACUUCAUUAAGAAAUAUAUCGUUUCAGCAUAGUAAAAUA